CUUAAAUCGAUAUUUAUAAGUCGUGUGUGUUGUAUUUUAAAUUUCUAUGUUAUCGAUUGAAGACGUGCUAGUUUUUCCCUUCUGUACGGCGUGUUUCAUGUCAUAAUUAUCAUUUUUAUUCCUCUAUAAAAUGCUUGAAUGUCUGGACCGAUCCUGCACGACAAGGCCGCUGCGCCUCGCUCAGCUGCUCCGGCGGAGCGGCUGUGUAAAUUGAUACGUAAAUUCUACGUUAGCUUGCUAGUUGAAGAAAAUAACAUCUCAUAUCGUGUUUGUUGUGAAUGGAAAUGUGUCUUUUCCGGUCGUGCUAAAUUAGCAGAAUAAAUACCGGAGACAUCAUCUCGCUCAGCCGAGUGACAGUUCAAAGCAAACGGAAUGAGUGUUUACAUUUCUCGGCGCAUAACGUGAACGGUAAUCUUUACGGUUAGCUCGCCGGCUAGCAGACUGUAACUGCAGCAGGCAUUGCGUACCCCUCAAGAUAUUACUCUUAUUUAUUUCUGUAUACUUCGACCGUUUCUUACCAAAGGCGUCGUUUUGAUUCCAGGGUUUUAAGAUGCGUUUCGCUCACAGUUGUCCCCGGUUUCUGAGCCUUCAACCACGGCUAACAUUUUAUUAGCCACCUUUUUUGAGGGAACGACAACGUUAGCGGUAACUACACUCUGUGGUCAUCAUACCAAUUAUUAAAGGCCUUUUUUUUUCUUCCGCUUGAUUCGUGGUUAAAGUGCCGGCUUCUCAGUUGAAUCCACGAGUCAACUGUUUCACUCAUUUUAAAGUGUGCUCUGGUUUUUUAUUUUGCAGGCUUCCCUCGGGAGUUCAAGUCCAGUUGGUUCUUUAUCGUCGGAGGACCAUGACUUUGACCCAACAGCAGAAAUGUUAGUUCACGAGUAUGAUGACGAGAGGUCUCUUGAGGAGGAAGAGUCUCAGGAAGGAGGCCGGAAUUUUAGCUCUGAGAUUGCAGAUCUUGAAAAGGAGGGGAACAUGCCUUUGGAGGAGCUGUUGGCCAUCUAUCGCUACGAGGCCUCAGCAGGCUCCAGUAUAGACAGCUCCUCUGGAGAUCUGACUGAUGAGCUGCCUGACAUGACUCUGGACAAGGAGGAAAUUGCCAAAGACCUGCUCUCUGGAGACUAUGAGGAGGAGACCCAGUCCUCAGCUGAUGAUCUGACCCCUUCAGUCACCUCCCAUGAGGCUACCGAUUUCUUUCCUAGAACACUUCGAUCCAACGCCAUCUCUGACGGGGAUAAAGAGUCCGAGUGUGACGAAGAUGGCCCGAGCCCAGAAGACUCCAGAAAGGAGAUAAUGGUGGGAUCACAGUAUCAAGCCGAGGUUCCUUCUGGCCUCUGUCACUACAAAGAUGGGGAGAAAGUUUAUGAGGAUGAAGACGAGUUAUUAUGGAGUCCAUCUAAAUUGCCAGAAAACAAGGUGAAGACUUUCCUGUGUGACGUGUUGUCACGGACGACGAAUGAAAAGACGGGAUGUGACAAACCAUGGCUGCAUGUUCGAGAUGAUGAGCAGGCUCUGUAUGAGCUGGACAAGUGCAACUACAACAUCCGCGAAGCACUAGAGAGACACUGCCUCCGUGUGAAGUCCUCAAAAGAAAAGUCUCCGCCGUGGUCAGAAGAGGAAUGCAAGAGCUUUGAGCACGCACUACAGAUGUAUGACAAGAAUUUUCACCUCAUACAGAAACAUAAAGUCCCAACACGAACAGUAGCUGAAUGUGUGGCGUUUUACUACAUGUGGAAGAAGUCGGAGCGCUUUGACUUCUUUGUGCAGCAGAAUAGAUUUGGGAAGAAAAAGUACAGCAGCUAUCCUGGUGUCACCGACCUGAUGGACAGGCUGGUGGACGAGGCCGAGGGCCUGGCAGUGGAUAGCUCCUCCUCCGUGUGCUCCGGAGCAGGUGGAGGAGGAAGACUGGAGACCACCACAGACCAGCAGCUCAGCCUGCUGAACUCCAUCACCGCCAGCGACCUCACAGGUCAGCGACGGGACUCCAGUUCUGCACACGACAAACUCAUGUCUUACAUUUUAGUGGCUGUGACUUUUUGACUUAUUUCCACUAAACCUUGAC